GGCGCCCUGCUGUCACGCAUAUGGUGGGGAUUUGUGUUUUGCAACGGGAACCGGAAGAGAGGGUCCGCCCGGGCAUUUCUCGCCUUGCACUAUCUCUGCGGCCGCCCCUCCAUGCACCUUCCUUUUCCGCUUAUUUGGGGAGUUGGAAAUUGGGGUUUGUGAGUCUCCUUUGCAGAGGAGGGGAGCGGCGGAAGAAAUUAAGUUGCAAUAUUUGGGAGGCAGUGGAAGAGUGCUGGAAUCACAUUCCAGGUUCUCUCCUCUUUGGGCUGGAGUGAAAAAGGCUGCUAUGGAUCUUGCUGAGAAUAUGGCGACCUUUGAGGAGGUGGCUGUGCAUCUCUCCGAUGGAGGACCAGCACUAUCAGACUUGAACCAAAGCACGCUUUGCAGGAAUGUGACAGCAAAUGCUGGGAAUGUGUCCUCUCAUGCAACUCAUAGACAAGACUGUGAGAACUCCAGCGUGCCACAUGAUGCUUCACUGGAAUUGGUCAAAGUGAGAGGACAAGACAAGACCCUUGGGAAUCAAGAGGAAUUGAGAAAGCUGGAGGAAAGGCAAGCCCAAAACUGGAACAUUGUUGACCAUAGUGGUAAUGUCCAGGGCAUUGGGAUAUCAGUCCAACUGGAAAAUCACAAGGAAGCAAGAAUCGAAUGCCUAGUAUGCGGGAAGACAUUCGGUUCUAAAUCAAACCUUAAUACACAUUUCAGAAUCCACACUGCAGAGAAACCGUAUAAGUGUCUGGAGUGUGAAAAGAGCUUCAGUGAUAGCCGCAGCCUUACUUUGCAUCAAAGAAUCCACACAGGAGAGAAACCCUAUAAGUGUUUGGAGUGUGGAAAGAGCUUCAGCCGGAGCACAACUCUUUCUACACAUCAAAGAAUCCACAGAGGGGAGAAACCAUAUAAAUGCCUGGAGUGUGGAAAGAGCUUCAGUGAUAGCACCAGCCUAAGUUCCCAUCAAAGAAUCCACACAGGUGAGAAACCCUUUCACUGCUUAGUUUGUGGGAAAAGUUUUCCUUACAGUGCAAGUCUUACUACACAUCAAAGAAUUCAUACAGGAGAAAAACCAUAUAAAUGCCAAGAGUGUGGGAAAGGUUUCAGUGAUAGCACAAGUCUUAGUAGACAUCAAAGAAUCCAUACAGGAGAAAAACCGUAUAAAUGCCUGGAGUGUGGAAAAAGCUUCAGUGAUAGCACAAAUCUUCAUUCGCAUCAGAGAACUCACACAGGAGAGAAACCGUAUAAAUGCCUUGAGUGUGGAAAAUGCUUUGCUUACAGUGCAACUCUCAGCAGACAUCAAAGAAUCCACACAGGAGAGAAGCCGUAUAAAUGCUUGGAGUGUGGAACCAGCUGCCGUGAUAAUGCUAGCCUUCGUUCACACCAGCGGAUACACACAGGUGAAAAACCAUACAAAUGUCUAGAGUGUGGAAAGUGUUUUAGUCGGAGUGAACACCUUACUUCACAUCAGAGAGUACAUACAGGAGAGAAACCAUACAAAUGUCAGGAAUGUGGAAUGAGCUUCAGCCACAGCUCAGCUCUUACUUCACAUCAGAGAAAUCACUCUGGGGAGAAACCCUAUAAAUGCCAGGAAUGUGGGAAGGGCUUCAGUCACAGUUCAGUCCUUACUUCACAUCAGAGAAGCCACUCUGGGGACAAGCCAUAUAAAUGCCUGGAGUGCGGAGAGAGUUUCAGUCACAGAACAUACCUUAGUUCGCAUGAAAGAAUUCACAAGCCGGAGAAACUGUUUAAAUGCUUGGAAUGUGGAAUGAGCUUUAGCCAGAGCCCAAGCUUCAUUAGACAUAAAAGAAUCCACACAGGGGAGAAACCCUAUAAAUGCCUAGAGUGUGGAAAGAGCUUCAGUGUGAGCUCCAGCCUUACUUCCCAUCGAAGAAUGCACACUGGGGAGAAACCAUUUAAAUGCCUGGAGUGUGGAAUGAGCUUUAGUCAGAACUCAAACCUUAAUUUGCAUCAGAGGAUCCACUCAGGGGACAAGCCGUACAAAUGCAUCCAGUGUGGGAAAAGCUUCAGCAAUAGUACCCGCCUCAAUUCCCAUGAAAGAAUCCACACUGGGGAGAAACCUUUUAAAUGCUUGGAAUGUGGAAAGCGUUUCAGGUGGAGCAAAGUCCUUACUAGGCAUCAAAGGAUCCACACUGGAGAGAAACCUUUUAAGUGCCUGGAGUGUGGGAAAAGCUUCGGGAGAAGCACGGACCUGUCUUCACAUCAGAGGUUCCAUACUGGAGAGAAACCAUAUAAAUGUCUAAAAUGUGGAAAGAACUUCAUGUGGAGCUCACAUUUUACUGCCCAUCGCCGAAUAAACCUUACUUCCCAUCACACAGGGGAGAAAAAAUACAAAUGUCAGGAGUGUGGGAAAAACUUCAGUCUGAGUUGGCACCUUAAUUCACAUCAAAGGAUUCACACAGGUGAGAAACCUUAUAAAUGCUUGGAGUGUGGGAAAAGCUUCAGCCAGAGUGGAAACCUUGCUUCCCAUCAAAGAAUUCACACAGGGGAGAAAAAAUAUAAAUGCCCAGAAUGUGGCAAAACCUUCAGUCAAAAUGCACACCUUAUUUCCCAUCAAAGAAUUCACACAGGGGAGAAACCAUAUAAAUGCAUGGACUGUGGAAAAGCCUUCAGUCAGAGUGGAAAUCUUACUUUACAUCAAAGAACCCACACAAAGGAAAAACCCUAUAAAUGCCUGGAGUGUGGAAAAAGUUUUAGUCACAGUGGAAGCCUUACUUCACAUCAAAGAACUCACACGGGAGAAAAACCCUAUAAAUGCCUGGAGUGUGGGAAAAAAUUCAGUAAUAGCAGACACCUUACUUCCCACCAAAGAAUUCAUACAGGGGAGAAAAAGUAUCAAUGCUUGGAGUGUGGAAAAAGGUUUGGCCAGAGUGGAAGCCUUACUUCCCAUCAAAGAAUUCACACAGGGGAGAAACCAUAUAAAUGCAUGGAGUGUGGAAAAGCCUUCAGUCAGAUUACACACCUUACUUCCCAUUACAGAAUUCAUACAGGGGAGAAACCAUAUAAAUGCCUAACUUGUGAGAAAAGCUUCAGUAACAGUGGCUACCUUACUUCCCAUCAACAAAUUCACAGUGGGAAGAAACCAUAUAAAUGCCUUGAGUGUGGAAAAGUCUUUGGAAGGAGAGACAGCCUAAUUUCCCAUCAAAGAACUCACACAGGGGAGAAAAAAUAUAAAUGCCUUGAGUGUGGGAAAAGUUUUGGACAGAGUGGAAGCCUUAUUUCCCAUCAAAGAAUCCAUACAGGGGAAAAACCAUAUAAAUGCCCGGAAUGUGGAAAAACCUUCAGUAAUAGUGGAAACUUUACUUCUCAUCAAAGAAUUCAUACAAGAGAGAAACCAUAUAAAUGCCUGGAGUGUGGAAAAACUUUCAGUAACAGCAGAUGCCUCACUUCCCAUCAAAGAAUUCACAUUGGGGAUAAACCAUAUAAAUGCCUCGUGUGUAGAAAUACCUUCAGUAACAGUGGAACGCUUACUUCCCAUCAAAGAAUUCACACAGGAGAGAAACCAUAUAAAUGCCCAGAGUGUGGGAAAUGCUUCAGUCAAAGUGGAACCCUUCUUUACCAUCAAAGAAUUCACACAGGGGAAAAACCAUAUAAAUGCCUAGAGUGUGGGAAAGGUUUUAGUAACAGUGGAUGCCUUACUUGCCAUCAAAGAAUUCACACAGGGGAGAAACCAUAUAAAUGUGUGGAAUGUGAGAAAAGUUUCAGUAAGAGUGGAAAUCUUACUUCCCAUCAAAGAAUUCACACAGGGGAGAAACCGUAUAAAUGCCUCCAGUGUGGGAAAAGCUUCAGUCAGAGUGGAAACCUUGCUUCACAUCAGCGAACUCACAGGGGAGAAAAACAAAUAAAUGCCUAGUGUGUGGCUAGACACUGCCUCAAAAUGAAUUGGAUUAAAAAGUUAGAAAGCAAUGCAAUAAAAGAGAAGAAAACAUACACUGCAGCUGUGAGUUGUGAUGUAAUGCACGUGUCCCCUAUCAGAGAUAAUGUGUUUUUUCUUCCUGUUCUUCAAUUCCAGCCCAACUAGGAAUUGUUGGAUUUAGGCUUAGAUGGUGUUAUAUUUUGUGAGUUCCCCCGCUGAUCAAAAAUAGAGAUUUGUUUGGCUAGGUA